UAUGUAGGUUAUCUGCUAAAUGUAUUGCACUACUAUGGCUUUUCCUACAGGGAGCGUCGUGUUAUUGGCUGCUUGGUUAUUUAUUGGUAGCAAUGAAAACAUGAACGUGGUAAUUCAUUAUUAAUGGGCUUGAAAUGUUUCAGUUAUGAUCCUCACCUCCAACCCACGCACACACACACACACACACACACAGAGUGCGGUAGCUUUAAGACAGGAGGCGUGGUGCUGCUGUUUUGACCGAAUUGUCAAUCCCUUCACUGUGCGCUCUCAUUCAGCUGAAUGAACAGCCUCGCACAGCCAGCACUGGGCAUCGGCUCUUUGCUUAUUCAGCCCAUCGCGAGACUGAAUUCGCUCAUAUUUCCCUGGUGACAGCGACAAGGGAUUAUUAUUAUCGAGCAGUAACUGUUUCUCCGCAGCAAAGCUGGAAGAUCAUGCCCACUAGAUAGCAGCCUCAUCCUCCUCUCCACUCCCCCUCCCUGCCCUUGGCCCCUUCCUCUACCUUCUUCCUGGUCCAGCACCAUCACUGCCACCUGUGUCACCACAGUCACCAUGCCCCCCAGGAAGAGGACACGGCCGGGCCUGGGCUUCCUGUGCUGCUUCGGCAGCAGUGAGCCCCUGGAGAUCAACCUGAAGGACAGCGUGCCUCUGCAGCUGCUGGAGUUCAGCGCCCCCAUGCCACCUGCUGAGGAGCUGCAUGCUCGUUUCUCUGAACUGGUGGAUGAACUGGACCUGACAGAUAAGAACAGGGAGGCCAUGUUCGCUCUGCCCGAUGAGAAGAAAUGGCAGAUCUACUGCAGCAAGAAGAAGGAGCAAGAGGACCCCAACAAGCUGGCUACCAGCUGGCCUGACUACUACAUUGACCGUAUCAACUCCAUGGCUGCUAUGCAGACCCUGUUUGCUUUUGAUGAGGAGGAAAUGGAAAUGAGAAACAAGGUGGUGGAAGAUCUGAAGACGGCACUUCGGACUCAGCCCAUGAGGUUCGUCACACGCUUCAUUGAGCUCGAUGGCCUCACCUGCCUCCUCAACUUCCUGCGCAGCAUGGACUACGAGACGUCAGAGAGCCGCAUCCACACCUCCAUCAUUGGCUGCAUCAAGGCCCUGAUGAACAACUCUCAGGGUCGCGCACACGUCCUGGCCCACCCACAGAGCAUCAACACCAUCUCACAGAGCCUGCGGACAGAGAAUAUCAAGACCAAAGUGGCAGUGCUUGAGAUCCUCGGCGCAGUGUGCCUGGUGCCUGACGGACACAAGAAAGUCCUGCAGGCCAUGGCCCACUACCAGAAAUACGCUGCUGAACGAACUCGCUUUCAGACACUUCUGAAUGAGCUGGACAAGAGUACAGGCCGCUACAGAGAUGAGGUCAACUUAAAGACUGCCAUCAUGUCCUUCAUCAAUGCAGUGCUCAAUGCUGGAGCUGGGGAGGACAACCUUGAGUUCCGCCUCCACCUAAGGUACGAGUUUCUGAUGUUAGGCAUCCAGCCAGUCAUCGACAAGCUCAGAGAGCACGAGAAUGCCACUCUGGAUAGGCAUUUGGACUUCUUUGAGAUGGUGCGGAAUGAGGAUGAUUCUGAGCUGGCCAAAAGAUUUGAUAUGACCCAUGUAGAUACCAAGAGUGCUGGUGCCAUGUUUGAGCUGAUCAAGAAGAAACUGAGCCACACAGAAGCCUACCCCAACCUCAUCUCCAUCCUCCAACACUGCCUGCAGAUGCCCUAUAAACGUGGUGGUGGCAGUCUGCAGCACUGGCAGCUCUUAGACAGGAUCAUUCAACAAAUAGUCCUACAGGAUGACAAGGGAGAGGACCCUGAUAUCGCCCCUCUGGACAAUUUCAGUGUUAAGAACAUCAUUCGCAUGUUGGUCAACGAGAAUGAGGUGAAACAAUGGCGAGAUCAGGCAGAGAAGUUCAGGAAAGAUCAUGUAGAGCUGCUGGCUAAGCUAGAGAGGAAGGAGCGUGAGUGUGAAAUCAAGACCCACGAAAAGGAGGAUAUGAUGAAGACACUGAACAAAAUGAAGGACAAACUCCAGCGUGAAGGAGUGGAACUGCGCUCAGCCAGGGAACAAGUCCUGGACCUGUCCUCACGGAUCAAUGACAUAGCUGGUGGAAAUGUAUCUUUCCCACCUCCUCCUCCACCUCCUGGAGGCCCUGUGGCUCCACCUCCGCCACCUAUGAUGGGCGGCUUUCCUCCACCUCCUCCUCCACUACCAUUCAGCUGCCCGCCCCCUCCACCACCCCCUCCUCCACCUGGAGCACCGCCUCCUCCACCGGGGGCCCCUCCCAUUUUUGGAGCCCCGCCUCCUCCCAUUCCCUCUUCAUUCAGCUCAGUGGCCACCAUGCGCUCCAAGUCCAUCCCUCAGCCUUCUCAUCCCCUGAAGUCCUUCAACUGGGCUAAAUUAGGAGAGAAUGUGAUCAAUGGCACCAUCUGGAGUGACAUCGAUGACCAGAGAGCUUUCAAGAUACUUGACCUCAAGGACAUAGAGAAGAUGUUUUCAGCCUAUCAGAGACAACAGGACCUGCUCACUAACCAAUCCUUCAAGCAGAAAGAGACAGGCUCUAUGGAUGACAUAUACGUCAGCACACGGAAGGUCAAAGAGCUGUCAGUCAUCGAUGGUAGACGUGCACAGAAUUGUAUCAUCCUGCUUUCCAAGUUAAAAAUGAGCAAUGAAGAGAUCAAGAGGGCGAUCCUGGAAAUGGACGAGAGAGAAGAGUUAGCCAAAGAUAUGCUGGAGCAGCUGCUGAAGUUUGUCCCAGAGAAAAGUGACAUUGAUCUCUUGGAGGAGCACAAGCAUGAGCUGGAGCGCAUGGCCCGGGCUGAUCGCUUCCUCUUUGAAAUGAGCAGAAUUGACCACUACCAGCAGAGACUGCAGGCUCUGUUCUUUAAGAAGAAGUUUGCAGAGCGUCUAGCUGAAAUAAAGCCCAAGGUUGAAGCAAUCCUGAAUGCGUCCAAGGAGGUGGUCCGGAGCAAGAGGAUGAUUCAGAUCCUGGAAGUGGUGCUGGCCUUUGGCAACUUCAUGAACAAGGGCCAGAGAGGCAAUGCCUAUGGCUUCAAGGUCUCCAGUCUCAACAAGAUUGCUGACACCAAGUCCAGCAUAGACAGGAACAUCACCAUGUUGCACUACCUAAUCAUGAUCUUCGAGAAGAACUAUCCUGACAUACUCCUCAUCCAGCAGGACCUCAGCUGUGUACCAGAGGCUGCCAAAGUCAAUUUGGCGGAGUUGGAAAAAGAGGUGCACAAUAUCAAAAGUGGACUGAAGGCUCUAGAGGCGGAGCUGCACUACCAGCAAAGCAGGACGAGGGAACGUGGGGAUAAGUUUGUGGCUGUGAUUGGUGACUUCAUCACCGUGGCUGGCUUCAGCUUCUCUGAACUGGAGGACCAGCUGAGUGAAGCCAAGGAUAAGUUUACCAAAUCUCUGAAGCACUUUGGGGAGGAAGAGGGGAGGAUGCAGCCUGAUGAGUUCUUCGGGAUCUUUGACACCUUCCUGCAGUCGUUCAGCGAAGCGCGGCAAGACCUGGAGAACAUGCAGAGGCGUAAAGAUGAGGAGGAGAGGAGGGCGCGAAUGGAGGCCAUGCUCAAGGAGCAGAGGGAGCGGGAACGACGGGCCAAGAAGAGUGGAGCCUCAGACGAAGUCGGUGGGGAGUUUGACGACCUGGUUUCGGCACUGCGUUCUGGUGAGGUUUUCGACAAGGACCUGAACAAAUUCAAGCGUAACCGCAAGCGCUCUGUCAACCAGCUGGUGGAGGGUGGGGGGCGCGAACGAGCUGUUACCAAGGUCAACUACUAGUUUGGGAAAAGGAAUUUAAAAAAAAAAUGUGGGCCUAAAUUCUACCGUGGUGUAGAUCUCUAAACACCUUUAGUCCAGGUCCUUGAACAGUGACCAUUGACAUUGGAGUGGAUGUAAAUAACGGCUGAACUGGAAAUGUAGGGACAGCCAUGCCGUUUUGAAGGAUGCAGCACUCUUCUCUGAUUGGUCUCGUUAAGCUAUUUCCAACCCGUUUGUCCUGGAUGUUGUGUGAUCUCCUGACCUGGACGAAGAACACUUGGGAUCAAUGGAUGGACAGACGACCACUGUGACACAUUAUCCCAGAUAUUUUGACCAUAUUCCUUUAACACUGUGCUCAAGCUUACAGCUCUCUAUUGCCACCCAGUUUUUCACUCCUGUUUUUUCCCCCUCACUAAGCCUUCGCUGUUCCCCAGUAAGCUCUUUGGUGCUGGAGAAGCACUGUCUUUUUGUUCUCUGACUGUAGAACACACAGCACAUUGGGAUCAGCCAGUCUCACUGUACAUAGAUACAAGGCCAAGAGAAAUGACAACAGAAGAAGAAGGCAGGAAGGGGGAACUAAGCCAUUCCCUCCAUGGUCAUGGUUGUUUCACUUGUUCCCUAGAAAAGAGACUUUUGAGCUACAGAAUAGGUGGAUAUUCAUGAACUUCUCUUAUAGCAAAUCCCAGAAGGCUUUGUAAGCUUCUGAAAGAGUGAGGAAGCACACAAGAGAAAGGCGUUAUCGCUUCAAAACUGAGGAUUCAUCCUGGCGUCCUCCUCCAGCACACAGCAUUCCCAGGGGGGACGUACGUAUGGUCCUAGCUGCUGGUUCAGGUGCAGCUCUUCUCAAGGAUAAAGAACCAACGUCUCAGUUCGAUCCAACUGACAAAUGAUGACUGUGCCACAAGAGCCAAGCCUCCCUACGCUCUCCAAUGGUUGCAACAUUGUUCUGGCAUUAAUCAGUGCCAAAGCAAAGAAAAAAAACAAAUGUAAAUGUAAUACAAAACUACAAUACUGCAAUUAGGUGUUGAUAUAUAUUUAUAUUUAGAUGCAGACAAGCUAAUUGCAAAGAUGUAGAGGGUUUUUUUUAUGUUUUCAUGGAAUUUGGGGGUUUUGUACACACAAUACAUUAUUUGUUGGUGUUGCAAGUUCACAUUGCUGUCGAAGUGAAUUUAUAUACAUUUUGUGCUAUGUUAAAAAAAAAAAAAAAAAAAAUCAACUGCUUAUCCUUUUCUCACACCUGUAUAUCUUGGUUGCACUGUAGCUUUUCUGACAAACUCUACUCUCAUAGGUUUCCACAAGCAGAUCUAAAAGUCCUCUCUGUGCUUAAAUGACCUUUUAUCUAUAACAAUGAAGGAAUGCCAUAUAUUAAUUUAAACUUAAGGGCACGGUCUGCCAUUAGUUUACAGUGCUCUAUAUGUGUAGUCGGCUCUAUCAGCUGCAGCUAAAACGCAGACUAUAUGGAUACGCAGAAGGGGCCAAAACGACGCUGUUUAGUAAUUCUGAUUGGGCCUUUAAUUACCCUCAUCCAUAGUGUCUGUUGGAUCUGUUCCACUGGUGCUAAAACACAUGGUCUCUGAACAGAGCCAUCAGUACAGCUGAGUUUUUCUCAAACUAGGGCUUGAUUACCACGAUUCAGGAGCAUCAUACAGUAUGUCUGUGCAUUUCUGUUUUAGUUGUCAAUUUCAGUUCAAUUUCAGCCUUACAGUGGCUUGAUUAGUUUAAGGUCUUUGAUGGUGUACACUGACAGGACACUUAGGGGAGAGCAACAGCCUCAGAGAGCAUCACAGAAAACGAUCUUACCUUCCAGCUUCUCUCACGAGUUUGUUUACAUGUGAUUACACCCUGUUACAAUGGGCAACAAAGAAGAGUCAGACCCACACGCUGAUGCCAACUUUGGCGACAGUUUUGAAAUAUUGAGUGUAGUAUUUUUUUUUUUGAACUGUAUAUAUAUAUUCAUUUCUAAAAUCUUCACAAUGGAUAUGACAAAGGCUGCAAUGUAAUGCAUGGGCUCGCAUUGGUACAGCAUUUAGGUCUUCCUGAAGGUGGACACGCAGGACCCGGCUAUAGGCAAUGUACCCAGAGAGAGUGCUCGGCUGCAGAAGCACCUGGUCACAUCUGAAGGAGAUGAGGAGGUCACAACUCAUCCAUUGAAAGGGAGCAUCCAUUGAAAACAAUAAUCAUCUGCCACAUAUGAACAUUUGUUUUCAUGUGAGCAGGUAGAAGUUUAUCUGUUGUAGCCUACAGUGAUUUAAUAGCCUCUGUUAGCCCAUUCUAAACCAUAAUUCAUAACCCAGAAUUACAGGAAGGAUACCAGCUGAGGCUUUCACAGCUUCGUGUUUUGAAUAUAUUCUUAUUAUGUAUGGAUUGGUUGAUUAAGUUUGAUAGGCCAAAGGAUUUGCACAGCAGCCCCUGAUUUGGAAGGGACAAGGGAUAAGACAUUGUUGUCAUAGUAACAGUCCUGGUAAAGAUCAUUAUAGUGGAGUUCCUUUCUCCACUGCUCACAUCAGAGCCAGCCCACUGCACUUGACUCAGUAAGCACUUGGUGUUUUAACAGUAGUCUUACAAAAGACAAGAAACAGGACAUUUCCAAUGGUGGAUGAUUGAACAUCAGUUUUUCUUUCAUUUACAGUGCUUUUGAUCAAACUGACCUAUUAACACCCACAACUACAUUUCAUGAAGAUCUCUGUUGUAUCAAUGGCCAUCUCAGUUUGUGUUUGUUCCUUCACUCUGCCAGCUUUCAGUUCCUAAACAUAUUUAAGUGCCUGUGACCCUGUUUUCAUAUGUGUACCAUUCCUAUUACGUGUUAGUGCUUACCAGUGCACAGUGUUUGCUGGUGAAAUGCAGCUGACAGUUAGAUUGAUUGGUGCCAUCUUGUGGCUUCAGAUUGUGCACUUUGUCUUUCACCUGACGUCACAAGGUGUCCAAAGCAGUUCUCCAAAGUGAGUUUUGGUGUGGCACUUGACUCAGCUCCAGGCACAAUAAGUCUUCUUAAAGUCCAACUGGUGUAUGUCAGUAUGGCUGGUAUGUCAUCACAGUCAGAGAAAAUCUCACUCAUUUUUUUUCCUGAACCUCAAACUGUUAGAAAAGACUGUAAAGAUGACCCUUUGAGUAUUUCCCACACUUUAAACCAAAUGGAUUCUUAUUUUCUAGACACUUUAAAAAAUCUGAGUAGUCCCUUAAUUCCUAAGGGGAAAUGACAUAUUAACCAGCAUCUCGUGUUUAUUUGAGCAAUUCUAUUUCCUAACCGCCCCUGCUCCUUUGUCUUUCAAUUUAAUCAGUUAGUAUCAGACUUUGGCAAACCCUUUAAACUCUUAAUCCGGAGCUUUAACGUGUAUUGUAUUGCAGACUAUUUACUGAGGGGGACUGCAACAUUGUCAGUAUUAUUACAUGUUUAUGUUGUUACAUGUUUGGAUGUUUAUAUGGCCAUUGACUGGCUGACUUUGGAGUGUACAGAUGGAAAACAUAGGAAUGAAAUGAGUAGUUUAUUCAAUGCACUUUUAUGAUGGGACAUUUCCAUUUUCAGCACCAUUUUGAGGGCUUCAGGCCCUCUAGAAAUGAGAAGGGUGCAACAAAAGAGUGGUGCAAAAAAAUGUGUGAAGAAGGCAAAAGAAAAAGGCCAAGUGAGGUCGAGGACUCCGGCUGGGCCGCUGGAAACACAUUAGUAGUCAGUCUGUGGGAUGGCAGGGAUUUGUGCAGACAAAGAGGUGGCACUCGUACAUGACAAGAACAGUUUUAAACACACCACAUUUCUGUCAAUCCGUGCGCUUGGCGUCGAUCUGCAUGCCGAACAAAAGGUGCACAAAGUGUGAUGUGUUGACUUUAACCCAUAUUAGAAAAUAGCUUGAAAUAUAAGACACAAGUGUUACACAAUAAUUUGUACUACCUGACAGAAGUUGCACCCAGUUUAAAGGUUGUAUAAUUGUGAGGAGUCAGUAUUUUUAUGGUUGGAAAAAAGUAUCCUCCACCAAUGGACAGAUGGAUAAAAGCAUUUUGUACACCUUUCUUGAUGUUUGAGAUAAGAUUAAAAAGAUUAAAACAGUGAGGAAUGUUCCAUUUUUCUGUAAAUUGUACCUCUAUUUAUUUGCCUUAUUUAGUUUGCUAUAUUUUGUAUGUACACACAGCAUUACAACAAAAUGUUAUAUUAAAAAUAGAAAUAUGAAUAAAUAAACUGUGGUCCGUGUAUGAUGAACAAUUUUGAGACUUGUAUAAGAAAGACAAUUUCUUUUUCCCCCAUUUCUAUAAUUUUAUUUUUGUUUUGUCUUUUGUAGGGUUACAAUAAACUUUUGUCCCUUCCA